AUGAGCUCACUCAAGAGGAAGGAUGCCCCCGGGGGUACUCCUCCAUCAAAGUCGGCAAAGUCGACCAAGUCAUCACGCCCCUCGAAACGCGACACUCCCACCAAGGACCGCAAGCAGGACGGCGGCAAGGACAAGAAGUUUGCAGCAGACGCUCCCGCCCCCAAGGCGCCUGCGGUGUCCCGACUUCUCAAGGAUGAAGAGCCUCUGUUUCCUCGUGGAGGCGGCAGUGUCCUCACUCCUCUUGAGCAGAAGCAGAUCACCAUGGAGGCGAAGGCAGAUGCUGCCAAGGAAGAGGCCGAGUUCGACGUCAACGAGAAGAGCAAGGCAAAGAAGGAGAAGAGACGUAAGGCCAAGGAGACCAAGGAUCUUAAGCCCGCCCGCGAUGAGGAUGCGGUCAAGAUUGAGGGUCUGAAUUUCAAGCGAUUGGUGAAGGGCUCUCUGGUCCUGGGUCAGAUUAUCCACAUCGAUCCCGUCCAACUCACGAUUGCGCUACCGAACAACCUGACUGGACAUGUCUCGAUUGCUGCGAUCUCGGACACCAUCAACUCAAAACUGGAAGGCGCUAUGGAAACCUCCGACAACGAAAGCGAAGCGGAGGACGAGGCAGACGAUGUUGACCUGAACUCGAUGUUCAAGGUUGGACAAUACGUUCGCGCACAUGUUCUCUCGACUUCCGACGACUCGGCUGGCGGCAAGGCCAAGCGACGCAUUGAGCUGUCUCUCCGACCUGUCGACACCAACACCGGCAUUUCAGGCGACGAUGUGGUGGCGAACAUCACCCUUAUGGCGUCCAUUGCCAGCGUGCAAGACCACGGUUAUGAGAUGAACCUGGGAAUUGAUGGAGACCUUAAAGGUUUCUUGUCCAAGAAGGAGGUUGGACCAGGCAUGGACGAGGCCAGCCUUCAGCCCGGUGCUGUCUGCCUCUGCGCUGUCAAGAGCGUCACCGGCAUUGUUGUUCAGCUCUCCACGGAUCCCCAGAAGCUUGGCAACACCUCGAACAUUCCCUCAAAUGCACCCACCAUCAGCUCAUUUUUGCCCGGUACUCUGGCCGAUGUCCUGCUCACCGAAGUGACCAAGAGAGGUCUUCAGGGCAAGCUUUUGGGUCACCUGCCUGUUACGGCUGAUCUAAUUCACUCUGGCGUCGGCCCCGAUGGUGUCGACCUCGAAGCAAAGUACAAGGUUGGCGGCCGUGUCAAGGCACGCAUCAUCUGCAAUUUCCCGGCUGCGAGAGAACCUAAGCUCGGUAUGUCUCUGUUGCCCCACAUUACCAACCUGCAGUCCAAGGCAUCGGGUAAGGGCAGCAGAGCGAAGGCUCCUCUUGAUCUGCUUCCUAUUGCUUCUUUCGUCGAGAAGUGUACUGUACGCCAAGUUGAGCCAGAGAUCGGUCUUUACGUCGACACCGGUAUUCCCAACAUGUCCGGCUUUGUCCACAUUUCUCGUGUCAAGGAUGGCAAGGUAGACGCACUGUACGAGACUAGCGGGCCCUACAAGGUCGGCACGACUCACCGCGGCAGAGUUGUGGGCUACAGUCCUCUUGAUGGAAUGUUUCUUCUCUCUUUCGAGAAGUCUGUUCUUGAACAGGCUUUCAUCCGUCUGGAGGACGUACCCAUUGGAGAGGUCGUCUCAGGCAAGAUUGAGAAGAUGAUCGUCGGCGGAAGCGGUGUUAGCGGCUUGAUCGUCAAGUUGGCUGAAAACAUUUCUGGAUACGUUCACGAAUCACACUUGGCCGAUGUCAAGCUCCAGCACCCUGAGAAGAAGUUUAGAGAGGGACAAGAGGUCAAGGCCCGAGUGCUCUCCAUUAGGCUGCGGAAGCACCAGCUUCGCCUGACUCUGAAGAAGACGCUUGUCAAUUCGGAUUCGGCUAUUAUCAAGAACUACGACGAUGUUGAGGUUGGCAUGCAGACCCUGGGUACAAUUACAUCUGUCAGCGCCGAUGGUGCUCGUCUUGAGUUCUUUGGUGAUAUCAGAGGCUUUUUGCCUGUGUCGCAGAUGAGUGAAGCCUACAUUAAGGACCCCAGGGAACAUUUCCGCGCGGGCCAGGUUGUCAGCGUUCACGUUCUGAGUGUGGUGCCUGAGGAGCGUAAGCUGGUUGUUUCCUGCAAGGACCCUUCAGCUUUCGGUCUGGACAAGCAGGCAGCUCUCAAGGCGCUCAAGGUUGGAGACCUCGUCUCCGCCAAGGUUUCCCAAAAGACCGAAGAUGAGGUCUUCGUUGACCUGGAGGAAAGCGGUCUCAAGGCCAUUCUCCGCGUUGGCCACUUGACCGACAAGUCUGCAAGCAAGACUCAGGCCGCUCUCAAGCGCAUUCACGUCGGCCAGACUCUGUCCGAUUUGGUUGUCAUUGACAAGAACGAGCUUCGUCGUGCCGUCAUUCUGUCCCAAAAGCCCAGCUUUGUCGAGGCUAGCAAGAGUGGAAAACUCUUGUCAAGCUCUGAUGACGCUACCGUUGGCACAGUUGCUCCUGCUUACGUGCGAGAGAUUGGUCCCCAUGCCGUCUAUGUGCAGUUUGGUGGUAACCUGACAGCGAUUCUGCCAAAGUCCAAGCUGCCCAAGGACGACCAAGAGAAGGAGUCUUUUGGCAUGCGCAAGCACCAGUCUAUUGAGGUCAAGAUCAUCUCCUCCAACCCUGAGCAAAACCGCAUCAUUGUCGCUCCGGCUUCUGCUGAGGAACCAGAGGCCGCCCCUGCUGCUGCUGCUCUGAACUCUGUCGAUGAGAAGAUCCGCAACGUCAACGAUGUCGCAUUGGGUACUGUGAUGAACGCCAAGGUUACCUCCGUCAAGAACACACAGUUGAACGUCAAGGUCGCCGACAACAUUCAAGGCCGUAUCGACGUUUCGCAGUUUUUCGACAAGUGGGAAGACAUCACCGACCGCAAGAACCCCUUGAAGAAGAUUCGACCUGACGAGAUUAUCCGUGUCCGCGCCAUUGGCAUCCACGACUCCAAGAACUACCGCUUCCUACCUUUCUCUCAUAGAUCAACGCACUCCCUAAUCGAACUCACCGCCAAGAAAGCUGACCUCGAGGCCAAGGAAGUCGAGCUCCUUUCUUAUGACAAGGUUGAGGUCGGCUCCUCUCACGUCGCCUUUGUCAACAACCACGGAAAGAACUGUUUGUGGGUCAACCUGUCCCCGACCGUCCGUGGAAGAAUCAGCAUCAUGGAGGUUUCGGACGAUUUGUCUCACGCUGGCAAUCUUGAGAAGUACUUCCCUGUCGGAUCAGCCCUGAAGGUCCGUGUCCUGUCCGUUGAUGCCGAUAAGGGCCACUUGGAUCUGUCAGCUCGUUCCUCUUCUGGAGCCAGCGAGGUUACAUGGGAUUCUCUGAAGAAGAACAUGGUUCUUCCCGGAAGAGUCACCAAGGUCAAUGACCGUCAGCUUAUGGUCAAGCUUAGCGACUCUGUCUCUGGUCCUGUCCAUGUGGUCGACCUCUGCGAUGAUUACGAUGAGGCAAACACACUUAAGUUCAACAAGGGCGAGAUCAUCAGGGUUUCCGUUGUUGAGGUUGACAAGAGCAACAAGAGACUCAGACUAUCUACGCGUCCUUCCCGUACUCUCAGUUCCACAUCACCUGUCGCUGACCGCGAAAUCACUUCGCUGGCCCAGCUUUCGUCUGGAGAUAUUAUUAGGGGCUUUGUGAAGAAUGUUGCCGAUAAGGGUCUAUUCGUUCAGCUGGGAGGUAGCGUGUCUGCCCUUGUGAAGAUUGCCAACCUUUCUGAUCGCUACAUCAAAGACUGGAAGGAGAGUUUCCAGGUUGAUCAGUUGGUCAAGGGUCGUGUCAUCAAUGUUGAUACUGCCAUCAACCAGGUCGAACUCAACCUGAAGGCUUCCGUUGUUGAGAAUGACUACACCCCGCCCGUUUCGUACAAGGACAUCAAGGAGGGCCAAAUCGUGACUGGCAAGGUUCGCAAGGUGGAAGAGUUUGGCGCAUUCAUCGUUGUGGACAACUCAGCCAACGUCAGUGGCCUGUGCCAUCGCAGCGAGAUGGCUGAGAAGCCUGUUGCCGACGCCCGCAAGCUUUACAACGAGGGCGAUGUUGUGAAGGCCAAGGUUAUCUCCGUUGACGACGAGAAGAGGCGUAUUACAUUCAGCCUUAAGCCGAGCCACUUUGACGAAGAUAGCGAUAUGGACGACGUGGACGGAGGCGCAGAGCUUGACAGCGACGAGGACUCGGAUGUUGAGAUGGGUGACGGUGGCGUUCAAUUUACCAUCAGCGGAACGGACAACAUGGACGGCUCUGAUGAUGAGGAGGACGACGAGGAGGAGUCCGAUGGGGAGGAAAGCGACGUUGAUAUGGAUGAGUCAUCUGCUAAGCCCAAGGGCUUGGGUGCUGGCAAGUACGACUGGACAGGCGACGCUUUCGACGAUUCAGACAAUGAAUCGGCCGGAGCUGCGAAGUCUGCUGCGACCGACAAGAAGGAGAAGAAGAAGAAGGGCGAGAUCCAGGUUGACCGUACCGGUGACCUCGAUGCCCACGGACCGCAGACUGCCACCGACUACGAGCGACUUCUGUUGGGUCAGCCUGACUCGUCUCAGCUCUGGAUUGAGUACAUGGCUCACCAGAUGAAGGUUAGCGAGCUUUCCAAGGCCCGGGAGGUCGCCGAGCGGGCUAUCAAGACCAUCAACAUCCGUGAGCAAGCCGAGAAGCUUAACGUCUGGAUUGCCUACCUCAACUUGGAGGUUGCCUAUGGCACCAAGACUUCCACGGAGGAAGUUUUCAAGCGCGCCUGCCAGUACAACGACGAACAAGAGGUUCACGAGCGCCUGGCCAGCAUCUACAUCCAAUCCGGAAAGCUCAAGCAAGCCGAUGAUGUCUUCCAGUCGCUGGUCAACAAGUUCAAGUCCAAGUCACCGGACGUGUGGGUGAACUACGCCCACUUCCUCCACGUGACGAUGAAUGAGCCCGACAGAGCGCGCGCUCUCCUACCACGUGCGACACAAGCACUGGAGCAGCGCCACACCGCGCAGUUGAUGGCGAGAUUUGCCGCUCUGGAGUUCAAGUCGCCCAACGGCGAUGCUGAGCGUGGUCGUACGACGUUCGAGACAAUCCUGGCUACUUGGCCCAAGCGAUUCGAUUUCUGGGGCCAGCUCAUUGAUCUGGAGCUCUCAGCUGCCGAGCCGGAUGCUACAGCUAUCAGGGAUGUCUUUGAGAGGGGUACCAAGGCGAAGGGCCUCAAGCCCAAGAAGGCCAUGAAGUGGUUCAAGCGCUGGGCAGACUGGGAGGAGAAGCUGAGCCCGAAGGGCCGGGACAAGGUGAUGGCCAAGGCACAGGAGUGGGUGGCCGCCAAGAAGGCGGCAGCAGCUACGGCAGAGGAGGAUGAGGACGACGAGUAG